UCUUUAAUUUACAUCAUGCAACACCGCCUUAUAUAUAAUCUGAUUUGGUGCGUCAAUUUUCCAACACACCAAGCAUCUUUUUAUCACUUGAUCAAUCACUUUUACCAUAUGCUUUAAAUUUUUAUGAAAUACUUUAUUUAAAGAGAAUAUGAUAAAUGUUCUCUUUUCAUUUACGUACACACCUGAAAAAAAUUAGGAAUAGUGAUAAAAGUGUGCCCUCCACACGCCAAAGACCCUUGCUUAGUUGCUUAUAUAUAUCCCUUAACAACCUGAGUGUGUCUUCCACACUCUCUUGCCUUAAUCUUAGGAAAACAUCAUUAAGCUUCAUUCUCAUUUUCCUAAACUUCUCAUUAUUUUUUUUUCAGUUUUUUUUUGUCCUUGCAAAAGUUUUUCUUAUGUCUUCUAAUCAUUCUAACAACAAUGAAAAACCCUCCUUCAACCAAGUGAAGCCUACCAUCACUCCAAGCAUCGAAAUUGAACACGAGUCCGAUGGCCCGGAUUACUCGAAACGUGCCCAAUGGCUCCGGGCCGCGGUCCUUGGGGCGAAUGACGGACUCCUAUCUGUAGCCUCACUUAUGAUUGGGGUCGGGGCAGUCUGGCCCGACCCGGGUACGAUGGCUCAAACCGGGCUUGCGGGCUUGUUUGGUGGGGCGUGUAGCAUGGCCUUAGGCGAGCUUGCGUCGGUUUGGGCCCAACGGGAUGCUGAGCUUGCACAACUCCUCCGUGACCAAGAGGACCAUCCUAGCCCGCCUGGCUCCCUGGAUGAUAAAAAGCGGGCCCUACCAAGCCCGCUAUGUGCCGCGGCUGCUUCAGCAGCGGCAUUUGCAGUCGGAGGAGGGGUGCCACUCCUUGCAGCCGCAUUCAUAAAGUCCUACAAGGCAAGGUUGGUCUCAGUGCUAGUAACGGUAACACUCGCGCUAUUCGCCUUUGGUUGGCUCGGGGCCGUCCUAGGAAAGGCUCCGGCCUUGAGAUCAUCAAUAAGAGUCUUGGUAGGUGGAUGGAUAGCCAUGGGACUCACAUUUGGGCUGACAAAGUUGGUCGGUUUUACAGGGAUAUAGCAACCUAGAAGUGUGACUCAACUCUAUAUUGUUGUAAUAGAAAAUUGUACGUUUACGUACAUCAUUGAAUUAUAUGAAUGAAUGAAAUUUCAUUGUAGUUUUAAAUUAA